CGAAAUCACGCCGGUGAACGGGUGCACGAGCAAUAAUUCUUGUGUGGUUCCCUCGAAAUCCUACAAUUUAAGGCUGCAGGAAAUAGCUGCAAUUUGUGAUACAUAAUGUCUGCUCAAGACAUCGGCGAUUUAAUUGGUGCUAUAGACCAGGGGACUAGCAGCAGCAGGUUUUUCAUAUUUGAUGCUAAAACUGCCGAGCUUCUGACUUAUCAUCAAGUGGAAAUAAAGCAGCUUUUACCCAAAGAAGGCUGGGUAGAAGAAGACCCCAAGGAAAUUCUAUCCUCAGUCCUUGAGUGUAUGGAAAAAGCUGUAGAGAAUUUAAAGGCUCUAAACAUAGACCCUGGCAAGUUAAAAGCCAUUGGCAUAACCAACCAGCGAGAAACCACAGUGGUGUGGGAUAAAGUGACGGGAGAACCUCUGUAUAAUGCUAUAGUGUGGCUAGACCUGAGAACUGCUUCCACUGUGGAAAAACUGGUGGCUUCAGCACCCAAGCAGAGCAAGGACCAUUUGAGACCCCUGUGUGGUCUUCCACUGUCCACAUACUUUAGCGCGGUCAAGCUGAGAUGGCUGCUGGACAACAGUGACACAGUCAGACAGGGCGUCAAGGACAACAGGUGCAUGUUUGGUACUGUGGACUCUUGGCUCAUUUGGAACCUCACAGGUGGUGUGAAGGGAGGAGUGCACGCCACAGAUGUGACCAAUGCCAGUCGUACCAUGUUGAUGAACAUCUCCAAGCUACAGUGGGAUCCUGAGCUGUGCAAGUUCUUUGAUAUUCCCAUGGAUGUCCUGCCAGAGAUCAGGAGCAGUGGAGAAGUGUAUGGGCACCUGGCGGCAGGACCCCUGAAAGGUCUUCCUAUAGCGGGUGUCCUUGGUGACCAGCAGUCUGCCCUGGUGGGGCAGGCCUGUCUUAGCAAGGGGAAGGCCAAAAACACGUAUGGUACUGGCUGCUUUCUUCUCUACAACACAGGUACAGAGUUGGUGCUAUCUGAAAAUGGACUCCUCACUACAGUGGGGUACAAGUUUGGCAAGGAGCCAACAGUGUAUGCCUUGGAGGGUUCUGUUGCUAUAGCAGGUGCUGCUGUGAGGUGGUUAAGAGACAACCUAGGGGUCAUAGACACCUCCCCAGAUGUGGAGAAGCUGGCCAGCAGUGUGGACUCCACCCAUGACUGUUACUUUGUCCCUGCUUUCUCUGGUCUCUUCUGUCCUUACUGGCAGUCUGAUGCUAGAGGAACAAUCUGUGGGAUCACUCAGUUCACCACCAAGGCUCAUAUUGCCAGGGCUGCACUAGAGGCAGUGUGCUUUCAGACAAGAGAGCUUCUGGAAGCCAUGAAUCAAGACAGCAAGAUCCCCCUGCAGUCCUUGCAGGUGGAUGGAGGGAUGACGGCCAACUCCCUACUGAUGCAGCUCCAGGCCGACCUUCUGGGGAUUCCUGUAGUCCGUCCGUCAAUGCCAGAGACCACUGCACUUGGAGCAGCCAUGGCAGCAGGAUAUGCAGUGGGAGUUUGGCAAUUUGAUUCAGGCACCCUUGGGGCUAUUACAACAGACACCUUCACUCCCUCCAUAACUCAGGAAGAUCGUGAUCACCAGUUUGCAAGAUGGAAGAAAGCGGUAACAAGAUGCAUGAAUUGGGCCGAGACUGAAGAGAAAGUGACAGAAGAGAGGACCAGACAUCUACGGGCCCUACCCGGAGGACUCUUCAUGUUCAGUAGUUUUGGACUAGUGUUAUUAGCACAACAUGUAGUAUCCAGCAUCAGGUGACAGAGGACCAUAUAGUUUAGAUAGAAGUUCAUUUAUUUUUGUAUUGAGAUAUUUUAUGCACUAAAGUACUUACAGCCUUAUAUGCAGCACUUGUAAAGGCAUUUAUCAAUAUGUGUUCAGUUAGUGGUUAAACAUAUUUCAAAUACCACACAUACCCCAAGCGUCAUGUUCAAUGCUUGUGACCUUUUUCAUUUCAAAUCUCUACAAAUCUUCAGAUGUCUGAUUAUCAUACUCUGACCAUUUGAUUAAAGUUUACAUAGCCAAUCAAUGACGCACAUACAGACACCUGGUUCUGCAAAAGGACGACUGAUCCUUAAAAAAACCAAUCUGACAUUUGUGAUUAGUACAGUAAUCUUUUAACGAACACUGUUAAAGUUGAGACACAACAAGAAGACUUAUAAAAAUUUGAAACUGAAGAAGCUUGGCCGGAUCGCCUCAGAUAUCAAAACUAACCAUGAGUUGGUAAAUAAUUCAAAUCUGUGAGCAAGUUAAGCUGCCAAGAGGGGGAAAAAGAAAACGGUGCCUUCGCUUUUGUUCGAGCAUUACAUUUAAACAUCAUCAGAUGAACAAAGUUCAGUUGUGGUCUGGUGUGUUCCCAAUGUGUUCUAAUACGUGUUCUGAAAUCAUUCAGACCAUACAGGCUAGUUUACAGUUUUAAAUCUAAAAGGUAGUUAGUAAUACGGAAACUGAACUGUUAUGUAGAAGGUAUUUCUUUGAUUAUUGUUAAUACAUCCAUUGUUAGUAUUAUUAGUAGUGGUAAUAGUAGUAAUAUUGCGUUAGCCGUUGUAAACAUCGAACAAACGAAAUAAGAACCCUACCAUUCUAAAAAGAAAGAGCACUGUUCAAGUGAUGGGAUGAAUUAUUUCUGUCAGUUGGUGAUGAUAAUAAUAAGAACAAAAAUUAUUAUAUUUAUUGUUGUUGUUUUGCUUAAAACCUUUGUAUUCAGAUUUGAAUGUAGAAAAAAGAUUGUUAUAGUGAUAGAAUGCACGCAAGCAACCUUAUCACCUAAAAACAGCAAGGCUAACUAGUGAAUAACUGAUUUUUGUUAAAUG